AUGGCAUUUAUGUUACCUCGAUUGUAUGAUGCACAUAAAUUAUUGGAACACAUGGAUCGACGCUGUCAGGAGGAGGAUGAAAUUGCUGAAUUACAUAAAAUUGUGCGUUAUUCGACAAGUACCUUAAUUGGUGCUGUAUUGGCAGGUCAUGUACCUUAUUCUAUGUAUUUGCCUUUUUUUGAUUGGCAACAAUCAAAACUGGAAUUAAUUUUUGUCACAAUAAUUCAAUACAUUUUAAUAAACAUUGCUGGUUUGCAUCAGAUAUGCGAUGAUACCUAUCCUGUAAUUUAUAUCGGUAUUUUACGAGCUCAUCUUCAAAUUCUAUUAAUACGUGUACAAAAACUACAAUCACUUGGUAAUGCAGAUGUAGAAGAUAAUUUGAAAAAAUUAAAAAUUGUUAUAAAAGAUCACAAACAUUUAAUCGAACUCUACAACAUCAUAGCGCCUGUCAUAUCCUUAACGACUUUUGUGCAGUUUUUCUUUACCGCCGCUAUUUUAUCAACGACUCUGAUUAAUGUCACUAUCUAUACAACAGAAUUAUCCGGACGAGUAGGCUGCCUCUUUUACAUCAUUGCCGCCAUUGUACAAAUUUUUCCUCUUUGCUAUUUUGCCACUGGACUUACUGUAGAUUUCAGCAAAGUGACGAAUGAAAUCUUCCACACCAAUUGGUUUGAUCAGGAUAAGGACUAUAAACAAACCCUGGUAUUUUUCAUGCAACGUUCACAGCUCAAAAUGGAACUAAAAGCAGAAAAUUUCUUUCCAAUAACGUUGGAUAGUUUCGUCAAUUUAAAUGGUUCCGUAAAACCAGUGCCACCUCCACGCGAUCAUUUGCGUGUCGAAAAAGAUGGUCGCUUGAUUAAUCAUCGUUCACCAGCGCCGCCACAAUUGCCCGAUCGACGCAUGGGAAACAAUGCGCAACCGCAGCAAAUUGCACAAAUUGUGGAACCAACAUUAGAACAAUUGGAUAGUAUCAAAAAAUAUCAGCAAUAA